AUGGAUGCACCAGGGCCGGCCUCUGUGCCAAAGCAAUUUGUCUUAUGCUUUGACGGCACUGGCAAUAAGUUUUGCGGGGACGAAUCAGACAGCAAUGUGCUCAAGAUUUUUCGCAUGCUAGACCGCAGCAAGAGUCAUCAGUUCCAUUACUACCAACCAGGCAUUGGAACCUACGUGACAACCAACACAUUAUCGAGCCAUGGCCGAAUCCACCGAAUCAAAUCGGCAUAUCUCAAGGCCAAGGACUCCGCCGUGGGCUCAUCUUUUGAUCAGCAUGUCAUGGGUGGCUACAAGUUCCUGAUGCGCUAUUAUUCGCCCGGAGACGAGAUCUAUUUCAUCGGGUUCAGUCGAGGCGCCUACAUUGCGCGCUUUCUGGCGGAGAUGCUCGAUUACAUCGGCUUGCUCGAGGCUGGGAAUGAAGAGCUGACUCGCUUCGCAUGGAAGACUUUCGCCAAGUGGCAGCAGCGUCGGCGCGGGGACAGCGACGAAGAAAGGGAGGAGAAGAAGAAGCUAUUCCGCUUCAUGAAGGCUUUCCGUGAGACUUUCAGCAGACCUAUCACGCGCAUCAAGUUCAUGGGGCUCUUCGACACCGUCAAUAGCGUGCCUCGGUUCGAGUCCGCCUGGAUGCAGAGAAGCAGAUUCCCCUAUACCGCUCGCAGUUCGGCUCGGGUUAUCCGACAUGCUGUUGGCAUUGAUGAGCGACGCGCCAAGUUCCGACAAGAUCUCAUUUCCGAGAUCAGGCCCUGGGCCAUGAAGAAACGGGAUGGCCACCGCUGGCAUCGAAACUACCUACACCCGUUCCGACCAGAUGCGGAGAAGCCAGAAAAUGUCCCUGCCAUUGUCGUCAACGAUGGCACCAAUAGACAAGAGAAGCCACAGGAUGCCGCAUCAGGCCCACCGGAUCCAGGAGAGGCAGAAUCCGUCUAUCGCAGUGCAGCGGGUUCGCGUGCGGGAAGCAUUCGCAGUUCCCACCACUACCGGUCACCUUUACCAGCCAAAGGUCGAAAACUGAGCCUCGCAGUUCCCGUGUUUACGGGCUCCACGGAAGACUUGACAUCAAUCAAGAGUGGUCAUUCAGGAAUUUCACUUCAAGUACCGGAUGGGGCCAGUCAGAUGGCCGAAGACUAUGAUGAUGGUGGUGAUGAUGAAGACGAGGACGAAAGUCUCCAGGACAUCCAAGAGGUCUGGUUUCCCGGCGGGCACGCGGACAUUGGCGGAGGUUGGAAGCUUGGGCACGGGGAAGAAUGGGCCCUCAGUCAUGCUCCGUUGGUCUGGAUGGUGCACGAGGCACAGCGGGCGGGCCUCCAGUUUGAUCCGCGCAAACUUAAGCAAUUCGAAUGCUGCGAGGAGUAUGAUGGAGAAGUCUCCCCUCUCCGAGAGCACGUCCAGUGGAAAGAAGACAUAGAUCUCUGUCGGGAUCCCGAUCACGGGCACCACGGGCACCACGACCACGAGCGGAUGAAGUUCCGACCAUCGGAGAAGAAAGACGAGCAGCACAUGUCCAAAUCGAAGCGCGGGUUUCUAAACGCACUUCACCUGUCGAGCACUACCGGGCUGAUCCAUGACUGUUUGUCAUUUGGAAAUGGUCUUCCACCCAUGUCGGUGGUAUCAUGGCGGAUCAUGGAGUAUCUACCUUUCCGUCGAAUGGAUCUGCAGCGUGAUGGCUCCUGGAAGCCGAUCCGAUGGCCUCUGCCGUGUGGGGAGGUACGCGAUAUCCCGAAUGAAGCCCAAAUUCAUGUGUCUGCCAUUCGGCGCAUGCAGGCUGACCCGGGGUACCGACCGGGCAACCUGAUCGUGGGCGGCGGUGGGCGCGGUGUUCGACGGGCUCCAGAAGAGUAUGGUAUUGGAGAAUGGGUCGUCAAGGAUCAUCGAGGAGAUCCUAUCCGAGAAGUCUAUGUCCGCAAGAGUGUGUCGAGGAUGUGCAAAGAGAAUCAUGCGUGA